AUGCACCUUUCCUGGUACAUCUUCUUCGUCCUGGCUGCGCAUGCUCUUCCUUCACGGAAAGCCGCAAAGCCACCCUUCUUCCUCCUCGCCGGGGACAGCACCACGGCCAUCCAAUCCACCGGCGGCGGAGGCUGGGGCGAUGGGUUCAUCAACACGACGCUGUUCCACGGCGCCGGAGGGCUGAACUUCGGCCACAACGGCGCCACGACCGUCAGCUUCCGCGAUGGAGGCGACUGGGAAAAUGUGCUCAGCGAGCUGGUGGCCCGUAGAGCCGACUACAGGCCCUACGUGACAAUCCAGUUUGGCCACAACGACCAAAAACCCGCCGCGGGGAUCUCAAUCGAGGCAUACACAAGUAACCUGGAGCGAUUUGCGGCCGACGUGCUGAAUGCCGGAGGCACACCCAUCCUUGUCACCCCGCUGUCCCGCCGCAACUACGACAAUUCCUCGGGCACGCCCACCAUCAUCCAGAACCUGGCGGACCAACGGGCCGCCACCAUCGACGCCGCGGACACGGCGGGUGUGGCGUAUAUCGACCUCAACCGGGCGAGCACGGACUACCUCAAUAGCAUCGGACCGCAGAAUGCGUACACCUACAACUUGAAGGCAGAUGACCAGACCCAUCUGAACGUGCAGGGGAGCCAGGUCUUCGGGGGAAUGGUGGCCGAGCUGAUCCGCAACGAGUUUCCUUGCUUGGGCGAGGCGGGGUUUGUCAACGUGGAUCCAGACUUGUUGAUGGCGCUGCACGAUGGAGAGUAUUACUGGCCAUGGGGGAAACACGGAGCUGCUGGCCGUUUUGCCGUUUUCGUACACAGACCGAGGUCUACUCCAUAUAUCACUUCCGGAUAUCUUCAACGGACAGCAACGUUCCUUGCACAACAGAUGGAAUCCAUUCAAGUAGAGACUCCCGAGAUCGAGCGCCCUCCGCGGGUGUUGCUGAAGCUCAUCAGCGCCGGUUUUGCCUUUUUUGUAGCGGGCAUCAACGAUGGCAGUCUGGGAUCCCUCAUUCCCUAUAUCCGACAGUCCUACCACAUCAACACCAACAUGGUAGCGGUCGUGUAUGGCACGACUUUCGGCGGCUGGCUCAUCGCUGCCCUAUCGAACAACUACCUGUCACAGUACUUCCAACUGGGGGUAUUCCUCGUCCUGGGCGCCGUCUUGCAGGUCCUCUCGCACGCAUUACGGGCAUGGCUGCCCCCGUUCCCUCUUUUUGCUGUGGCCUUCUUCUUCGCCAGUCUCGGUCAGGCCUACCAAGACACAUACGCUAACACGUUUGUCGCAUCCGUCAAGGCCGCCCAUCGCUGGCUGGGCUUCAUCCAUGCCAUGUACAUGGCCGGCUGUCUGGUCGGGCCCUUUGUCGCGACGGCCGUCGCUUCGGGCGAUGCCGAGUCUCGAUGGAAUCUGUUCUACACGGCGCCUCUAGGACUGGGUGUGCUGAACGCCCUUCUCGCACUGGUCGCAUUCCGCGAUUUGAUCGGCUUGAAGCGUCCAAAUACUGAUGAAGCCACUGUUACUGUCGAAUCAAGGAAGCAUGGUGCUCUUCAGGAAAUGAAGACAACUGUGUCCUCCCUGAGUGUAUGGAUGGUCAGCUUGUACUUUUUCUUCUUCCUCGGAGCGAGCAUCACCGCUGGAGGUACGUCGCGUCUUUUGUAUCUCGAUUUUCGAUCGCGCUAA